UAGUCUGACGCGAUUUAUUGAGUCUCCCGCGUGUCCCUACGGGAUCAAUCAAUGUCUGAAUUAACUACGUAAAAUAGAACUACCACUGUUUAGAUUAUGUGUUAUUUAUCAUGUCUAUGAGCAGCGAUGAGGUCAACUUUCUAGUUUACAGAUAUCUUCAGGAGUCAGGUAAGCUCACAUAUUAUAUUAUUAACGUGUUAAUAAACCGAAACUUUCUGUUUUAUGAUCAAAGAAAAUGCAAGAUCUCUCGCUUUGAUCUUUCAUUGUUUUGUCUAGGUCAGUAAAAAUUAAAACUAAGCUUAGACUAACACAGUUUUUUCGUUAUACAUAAAAUAUUAAAAACACAUUUGUUAUCAAUCUUAAUUUAUUAAUUUUUUAGUGGUUUUAAGUUUUAUCAGAAGGCCCAACCUCUCUUUAGUAAAUAUACAUAAAAUAAGUCGUGGUAUUAUUUCACCGAUUAUUUCUUUGUUAAGAAAAUGAUGAAUUUUUUAUUUGGCGUUCACACCUUAAAAUCGAGAAAAUUAUACUUGUUUUUAUUCUUGAUUCUGUCAUGUUGCAUUGAUGCCUCACUAACGUAAAAUAUUACAUUGAUAAAGAUCUCAAGGAACAUAAUAAUGCGUUAUCUUUGAGUUCAUAAUCUCAAGAGAUGUGUUGAAAAAUCAUGCCUCAUAACGUGACAGACAGGACGAUGUGAUGUCAUGUUUAGAAUUAAGUUACUGGAUAAUAAUAUUUUGAUAUCUAGAUCAACAGAGACUACAAUAAUAAAGUAAAUUUUUAAUCUAAAAGCUGUGGCUGUUGUAUUUAUCUGGAUGUUACUGAAGUAUUAUUCUUCUACCAACAAAGCAUUUAUCACAGUAUCCACUUACAAAACUUCUAUGGGCCCAAGGAAAUGCUUUUAUUCUUUAAUAACUCACUUGACUGCUUAUACCAGUGGAUAUUUUCUUUGGUCACCAUAUGCGUAACUGGUGCUACUGAAAUUAAACCUUUCACUACUAAAGGCUAAUGACCCCCAACCUCCACCAAUUACCCCUCCACCACCACCCAUGUUUGGUGAAGGAUCAAAGGUGGCUUUGAUGCUUAAUCAAGAAGUUUAAAACAGGGUUUGGAAAAUGUAGCAUUAAUUGAUUCAGUCACAAAAUUAUUUGGAACGACAAACAAGGGAAGAGUAAAUGCCAUUAAAAUAUCAGCAAUACUAUAUCUGGUCUCUAGCUUUUGCUGACUGUUUUGUACCACUUAUUUAUUAGUCUGAAAAUUUGUGGAAAAUUAAUGUAAAAACAAACUCUUCUAUGAAAACACCAUUUCAUGGGCAUAAGGAGCUGCUGGUUCCAGGUUAAUUGUUAUUGGCUCCUGGAGUUGUUCAUAUUUUAAUUGUGUUCACCAAAGGAGAAUAUCAGCAUGAAAAGUAUCAUAAAUUCCUCUGUUUUUUUAUUAUUUAAAUGACAUUACAUGUACAUAAUAAAGGACUAUCAAUGCUCUUAAACUCAUUAUUAUGUCUAUUUUACCACUAGGAUUUCAACAUUCAGCAUUUACCUUUGGAGUAGAAAGUCAUAUUGACCAAUCCAGUAUCAAUGGAUCUGUGGUACCCCCUGGGGCUUUGGUGUCAAUCAUUCAAAAAGGUGUCCAGUAUGUUGAGGCGGAGGUGACACUUGGUGAGGUAAGAUUUUAUUAUUGUUAUCGCUAGAAGUAAUCAGGGAUUAAUAAAUGCAUUUGAACAUUGGUCAUGGGAAUUGAGGUUGGUGCAGGGUGUCUCUUUGAAGAUACUUGGCUCAGAGGCUAAACGCAAUUAUUACCAUUAUUAUUAUUGUUAAAAUUGUUGUUGUUGUAAUGAUAUUACCGUAAUAAGUAGAGCAUUAAUUAAUCCAUAAAUUAGCACAUGUUGUUUUUUGUCUCCAAAACUGACUUUGUUUGGGAGUAAAAGGGCAAAAAAAAGAAAACCAGUAAUGUCUUGUGCACUUGAAUCAGUAAAACAAAUGUGUUUUUUUUUUCUUCUAUUUUAGGAUGGAACAAUACUAGAUGACAACACUGAGCUAGCACUUAUUGACGCUGUCCUCCCAGACAUUGUUGCUACAAGGCAUACAUUAUUACAAAAUAAUAAACCACUUAGAGAGAUUAAACAUGAAUCAAAUCUUGAUGGCAGCCACUACCCUAAUGAUAGUUACAAGGGACAUAGUGAAGUCAUGGACAUUGAUGGGGGAGUUAACGAUUUUGGAAACUACAAAGCAACACUUUUGAAAGGCCAUGAAUCUGAGGUAAUGAUAUACAGUGAAACUCCGCCUUACGGCCACCUCAGUAAUAUGGUCACCUCGUUAUAAGGUCACUUUUUCUGGCCGCCUGGCAGAUACUGCCAUUCAUUUUCUUGUAAAAAAAACCCUCGUUAAUCUGGCCACCCAUUAAUACGGCCAAAUUUUUUUGGCCCAUUGGUGACCAUAUUAACUGGGUUCCACUGUACUUAAUUUGAAACAACAGAUAUUCUAAAUAAAUUUGCCUUGUAUCAUACUGAUUCUUUUGCAUCAUACUUUUUAAUUUGCAUCAUAUUGUUUCAUUUAUUUGAGACCAGGAGUUAACUUUUACCCAGAACUGACAAGUAGUGUAAAGUUGCUAUUAUACAAUGUAAAAAUUCUCACUUUUAGGUCAAUAGUAGCUAUUUUUUACUGAAAAGGGAGAAAAAAAUAAUUGUUGAAUGAUUAAUUCUGCAUUAUAGUUGAACAGUAUGUUUUCGUCAUUCACUUAAAUUUGGGGAUCUUCAAACAGUGGCCAUCUCUGAACGUUAGAGCUUUGAAAAGUGUUCCAUUCCUAGAGGGUAUUCAAGGCUGUGCUCUAAGAAAAAUUGAAGGGAGCCAAAUCCAGGGUGCCCAGCAUAUGAUUUCUAUGAAAAAGCUAAGAUUUUCUAGUCGCCUGAGAACAAAAGUUAGGUGCCAGGAGCCACCGGGCUCUGCUAGAGCAGAGCCUUGGUAUUGUGCUAUACACCUUUGAUGGUAAUUGAGAUACCGGUACUUAUUUAAGUAAGGUAUUUUUUUGUUAAAUACAGCUGCAAUUGAUUUAAUAACGUUUUAUAAAUUCCUUCUUUAUCAGGUAUUUGUGUGUUCUUGGAAUCCUUCUCAAGAUUUAUUAGCUUCUGGGUAGGUGUUGUUUCAUAAAGCUUAAUUUUCACUAUUGUGUCUCAAAGAAAUUUUCUAUUUAAUUUGUUUUUUUGUUGCCUUAUACUCUCUUAAACUUGUUUCCCUUGUUUGUUGAUGACUAAAUAAUUGUCUGUCUGUCAGAAGCUGACACUGUUUUUUAGUUUUUUUGACAUGUAAAGGUAUUUUUGUGUGAAAGACAGUUUUAAAAAUGAUAGUUUUUAUUAAUUAGUUACUGAAAGUUCAUGUGUCUUUGUGUUGUAAGAUCUGGUGAUGGAACUGCUAGAUUGUGGCCAUUUAAUGAUUCAGGAGUUGGGACACCCGUUGUGUUACAGCAUCAGUUCAAAGACAUUGAAAACCAUAAAAAUGCUACCAAGGAUGUAACAUCAUUAGAGUGGAAUGUAAGUGAACAAAAACUACAACUUUUGCCAAAGACCCCAACACUGGCAGAACUACAUGUAUAUGGCGGGUAUUUUUUUUUACUUGGCGCCUUACUUUCCCCUGACUAUAUCAACUUAGUGAUUACUAUUCUGAUCAUAAACCACUACAUGUAAGUGCUUGACCUUGCUCUCAAACGUCUUUAAAAGUUAUUGAAACUUCAGAACAAUCACCAUUCACUUAAACAUUGAUAACUCUUUAGGAACUAGCAGAUUAAUGUUUGUGACCAAACCAUGUAGCACUGUUGUCAGUGUUCUUCUUUCCCGUAAUGAGACUACCCAUUUAGGUGAGAGAAAACUAAUAUAUUUUGUCCUUUGUCCUCUUCUAAUUAGAAUGAUGGAACGCUUUUAGCAACUGGAUUUUAUGAUGGGCAAGCUAGAAUAUGGAGCCCAGAGGGUAAAAUAAUUUUACACUCAAACUUACCUUCAAGUUUCAUAUUUACUCAAGUUUAUAAUAUUCAUAAUAAUAAUAAUACAACUGUAAUAAGAAAUUGUAUUGAAAAAUAAUGAAAAUGAGUCAACAUAACAAUGCAGAAGUUGAUCUGUACUGUUAAAGAUAUUAUUUAAAAGCUAAAAAUCCAAGAAAAAAAUUCCAGUAAAAAAAUCACAAGGUAAAUUUAGGUGCUUCUUUACUCACUUCAUUAUUACUGUGAUGUAACCAUUAUCCAAGCCAUCAUUGCAUACCUCCCUGCUCUGCAGGGUCCGAAAUUAACUUUUUAAUACGGUCGCCUACUGGUGAUCACGUAUAAAUUUUUGGUCGCCAGAGGGCAAAUUGUGGUCGCCAAAAAUUCCCUCUCCCUUUUUUUUCACAUAUUAAAAGUUACAACACGAAUAAAAAAUGCAUGGUAUGGACAUGUUUAUGCUCAAAAAUUGCACUACUCCCGCUCCCGAUACUAGAAAGCAACCAUACGUGUACGAGUGAAGUCUUAUUUUUUUCCACAAAUUACUUUUUGGAGAUGUAAAGCUAUCUGACCUAGAAUGUAGGAACAGAAAGCUGUCUGCCCCUGACUGCACUGAUCAUAUCAAAACUCUAUUCUCUUCCCAUAACUACCACGAAACACAAAACAUAAACACGAGUCAAGCCGCCAUGUUGCUUGUACCAGGCCACAACUGUGCCACAUUACUCUACAUAAUUUACCUACUGUAUUUCAGCUAUGGAAAACAACAUGGCGGCUUGGAAACAUAGAACUCGUAUUGAUCGUAGCUGUUGUGGAGGUAUUACUACAGGAAGAUUCAUUUCACUUUUAAUUAAAAAAUAUCAGCAGGACAAAAAGUAAGACACCUGUUGGCAAAUAGCUUCGAAGUUUCUCCAAACAUUAAAGUCCACAGUAACAACCAGCUUUACAAGUCGCUAGCUGGCGACCGGCUAUGAAAUUCUGGUCGCCAGGACUGAAUUUCUAGUCGCAUUGGCGACCAGGAAAGCGCAAUUUCGGACCCUGCUCUGAUGACUCAAUCAUUUUUUUGUAUUUUUUUUUUUGUUUUUGCAGGGGAGCUUGUCAAAACACUGUGUGAACACAAAGGUCCUAUAUUUUCCAUUAAAUGGAACAAAAAAGGAAAUUAUUUACUUAGCGCUGGCGUAGAUAAGGUACAUGAGUUGGAAGCAACAUCAGUGCAGUUUGAAAACUUUCUUGAGUUAUAACUUUGGAUGUCAGAAUUAACCUUAAAUUUACUUUCUGCUGCUAUUAACAGAGUACUGUUGUCUGGGAUUCCAGUAACUGGGAAGUCAAGCAACAGUUCGGGUUCCACCAGGGUGAGAGAGAGUCUGAAAUCUUCUUUAUUCCAUACAUACAGUCAAUUUCUAUUCCUGCUACGUUAUUUUGAAGGUCAUUACAAAGUAUCAAAGGGAUCUACCACAUUCCCUCACCCCCUACUGUGCCUCUACCCUAAACUAACUACAUAAAGAAAAACGUUUUUAGAAGCUGCAUGAUCUUUCUAUAAAUGCAUCAGAACUUAUACCUAGACUGGAACCUUAUUUUUAGUACACAAAAAUAGACACAAAAAUAGACGUCAUAAUAAAUAUGUUAUAUCUUCUUUAUAGCUCCUACACUGGAUGUAGACUGGCAGAACAACAGUAGUUUUGCAUCAUGUUCAACAGAUAAAAUUAUUCACAUCUGUAGAAUAGGUGUGGAUAAACCUAUCAAGUCUUUUCAAGGACACACUGUAAGUUUACUUUCUGCUCUGAAGAACGCCUUAAUCUCCUGCUCAUUUUAUUUACUUAAACAAGGCAAUAAUACAAUAUCCAUCCCUCCCCUCUCCUUCCCAUCCCCCCCCCACCCCUCCACCCCCAGUUGCACUGUCCCUGAUACUGACGAUGUUAGGGGUGGCAAAUCACAGUUCCUGGUAAAUUUUGAUCUGAUCUCAAAAUCUUGAAAGUAUUUAUCAUAGGUCAGAAACUCUCGUUUUUGUGUUUGGGGUUUUUAACUGCAACCCUGUUCCCCUGAUCGUUUAUCUCUCCGACCCAGUGGGAUGGGAAGAAGGAAGACCCCUGGGAAUGUGUCUUUGUGCUUCAACUAGUCUUGGUGGAGUUUGGAGGUUUUGAGUGUUUCUUGCUCAAUUUCGUUCUUAUUGGUUCAUUACUGUGAGAAUCCAACAGAAACAUUGGUCUGUUGCUGACCUUUUUUGAUGAAACGUUUGCAAUGACUUGGCUCUCUUCUUUUAACUGCAGAGCGAUGUUAAUGCAAUCAAAUGGGAUCCACAAGGGUCGUUAUUAGCAUCUUGUUCAGAUGACCUCUCAGCUAAGGUAGUUUAGUGUAGUUUAGUUUAGUUUAUUUAUUUUCACCACAGAAAAAAAAAAACAAAAGAUGAGAAUACAGAAAAUACACAGAAGCAAUGCCUAAAAGGAAACCAUAAGGCCUGUAGAUAUUGGGCUCCCUCAGAGUAUAAAAGUCAACCCUCCAAGUUGAAGUUUUUGCAUGGCGACCAAUAUUAUUCUUUUGGUUUAGGGAGACUUUUCUGCAAAUCAAGUUGCCAGCUUCACGUUUUAGGCGCCAUGGCGACUAAAAUGGUCGCAACUUGGAGGGCUGAAAAGUAUAAGUUUACAAGACCAGGGUCGAGUUUAUAUGCUGCGUUUCAAUUUUAUCCUUGGUUUAAACUGCAUCCCCCCCCCAACCCCUGUUUUAGAGUAGCACUCGACUGCUGUCUACUUUUACAUCCAAGCUGUCUACUUUAGAACUUAAUUUAUUGUAACAACCAUAUCAUAUGGUUCCACGUUAUAAGUUCUCACAUUUUAAUAACUGUCAUUACCAUAGGUGCUGUCUGCAAAAAAUUUUCUUAACACUUACCUGUGUACUUCUUUCAUAUAUUUAAUUUUUCUAAUCGUAGUCAACAACAGCAAGUCCACUUCAGAAUUAUAAGUUUCUGAACUUUUCCCUUAGAUUUGGAGUAUAAAACAAGAUAGUUGGGUGUUUGAUCUUCAAGGCCAUAAAAAAGGAAUUUAUACAGUAGCGUGGAGCCCUACAGGACCAGCAACAGCUUGUCCAAAUGCUCCUCUUAUUUUAGCUAGGUAGGUUUCAAAACUCUUCAAUUUAAUAAUCAUAUAAUAUGUACAGUCUGUUUUGAUAAACCUUUCAAAACAUCUUUGCUCCCUACACAAAGCCCAACAUUUUGAAAUUUAAAAUUAAUACGUCAUCAUUGUCGUGGUCACCUGGUCUUUGAGGCGCCUCACUUAAGGUAGCCUGUUCUAAUGACUUUCUAAAAGCCUGGAUUGCAGCUUCUUGUGACUUUCGUUUCCCAUUUUUGUGAUUUUUUUGUCACUCAAAAAGUAGAAUUGUGUACCAGUCUAAUUCCAGUCCUUCAGAUAGUAGGUACAGCAUGAAGUGGAGAGAGGCACAGAGAGAGGGGAACAAGAGAACAGACUCUCCAUCUCCCUCAUCUUUUGAGAUUUUUUUUUUGUCUGUUUGUGUUUUUGUGAUUAUUUUUUUGAAACAAUUUAGGUGUAUUCUGGGAAACUGCCCACCUACCCCUCCCUUAUGCCAACAUUUUGCCCUAAGUGUUAAUGUUGGUUUAGGGGAGGAUUAGGUUGACAGUUUCCCAGAAAUCUAAAACUUUUUCUGCCCACCUCUUUCUGCCAUUCCUCUGUAAAUGGGAACAACAGGCUGCAAAAUGUCAUGAAAGCGAUUAAGACUUUUGUGAUAUUUGAUGCCUUAUUUGAAUUGAUUUCCUCUUAUUUUCAGUGCUUCUUAUGAUACCACAGUAAAACUGUGGGAGCUUGAGCGAGGCAGCUGUGUUUUGUCUCUUGCUAAGCAUCAGGAGCCUGUAUAUUCACUGGCGUUUAGUCCUGAUGGGAGAUAUAUCGCGUCAGGGUCCUUUGAUAGAGGAAUAAACAUCUGGUCUACACAGGUAUUUAAACUUGUUUUAAAGUUGAUUAACAUCAGCAGCUUCACCCUGCAAGCAGAGCCCCCUAAGAGUGAUCUGCAUCAAAUUUCUCCAUGUAAUAUCACUGCUUUAUAAAACACAGUGGUCAUGAGAAUUGAGGACAUGAUCACACAAGAUUAAUUUACUUGAUACUUCAACAAAUUCUCCUCACUAUAGGGAUAACAAACGAGAAUAUGAAUUUUGAUAUUAGGGUUGAAAGGGUUAAUCUUGAGGAGGAAAAAAAAGGCUCUGCCUGAAUCGAGUCAAGCCCGCCUGAACUUCGGGACUAGUCAAUCUUGUUUCCUCUCGUCAAACUGGUUUUUCGAGUGCGCGCAUCUGUUUAUAGAUAAACCGCUGGCCAUAACUAAGCCCGCUGUAUCAAGCGCACGCCUACUAGGCUUGGGUUCAUGCAGUAAAUGUUUGAAGGAAAUCCAGAGGAAAUCGAUUUUGGUUCGAGUUAGCUAGGGUUCAAGUUAACGGGAGUCAACUGUAGUUUGGACGGGAAAAUUUCCAUGCGUUUUUGGUAAACACUAGAACGGAGGUUUUAGAAAAAUUAUUUUUGUCCACAGGGCCUUAAUUCCGCGCAAUUUAAGAGAGAAAAAAGUCAACAUUCAAUAUAAGGCGUUCACGAUUCCAGCUCUUCCGUAUGUGAUUCAUCCUCUCUGAUAUUUUGUCUUAAUGUACGCAGACUGGAACCUUAGUUAGUAGUUUCCAUGGUAAUGGGGGAAUAUUUGAGGUUCAGUGGAGUCCAAGAGGCGACAAAGUAGCUGCAUGUUUCUCAGAUAAUACGGUAAGUAACACAACCUACUUGUAGAAACCAUUAAAGGAGCUGUGUAACGAAAUUUACGUAAAAUUUAAACAGUCGUAACUGCCACCAAACCGAGUGAAACGUGAAAAUAACACCAUGACAUCUGGAAACGGUUAGACUUUCUAGUCUUCUCGGAUAAGGCCGAAAAACCAUAGGUCCCGCCUCACAGCACUUACACUUGCCUGCUGUUGUGGGAGGUAAAAGAACCCACACCACUGUUCGAAAAGAAUAGGGGACGUAGACCCCGGUGGUGUGACCAACCUUCACACGUCAUUCACAUCAUGGGUUGGGUGGGUACAGUAAGCUCAUAAAAAAUGGACCGAUAGCGCCCGCCAAUGGCGCCUUUGUGUGCUGACGUCUGAGCUUCAGUACUGUUAACAUGUUAAUAUAUAUUGUAAAGAGUGUACGUCUGUUGUCCUGUCAUCCAUGACUUCUUCCUUCUUUCCUGUAAAAACAUUUCAAAUACAUAAAACAGCAAGUACAAGAGGAGGCAUUUUCCUACUUCUGAUUGGCUUAUUUGAUUUUCUACCCGUACUGUGAUUGGGUAGGCUAGUCACCUUGGUGAUAACUUUUCGCUGUAAGCGGCAGAUUAAUUUGUUCAUGUACAUCAUUUCUCCUUGCAGCUGUGCGUUUUAGAUGUCAGGAACCUUUGACGUUUUUAACACCUCUUUUGCAAGCGGAACAUCUUUCUCAAGCAUCAGACGUCCUUAUCAAACGCCAUUCCAUUACAAUUCACGCGUAAACAUGAACAAAUGUUUCAGAGAUCAUUUGUACGACGGAAGAGGAAUAGUGCGAUUUUUGUUUCACCGGGAAGUGAUUACGCAUAAACAAAGAAAACAGUAACCAAACUGAAAACCAGCAACUUUUUUUAGUCUAAUAGAGGAGGCAAAGGCGUGCGGCCUAAGACAAGUUAACAAGCGGAGGAAAGCGUGUGUUAUUUAGAAGGAUGAGACGCUCUGAUUGCUUUAGCAAGCGGAGGCAUACACGUGUGGCAUUUGAAUGGUUUACAGAACUUAGCCAAACACAGAGUUUGAUGGGCUGCAGUUCUCUACAAAUCACCUUCUUUACCCAUUUCCAGGAGUGCAAUUUUUUAAUUUCCUUUUUUAUUUUUAUUUGAAUUCCUCCUUUUUUACUCUUUUCGUGUACUCUUAUCAUUCGCUUUCUCUCCAUUCUUUUGUAAUAAGGAAUAGAUCCAAAGUGUAUAGUACGAUGAAUUUUAUAACCCUUUACUUGUGAACUCAGUUGCCUUUCCUUGUUGGCAACUGGUUGAAGCCAUUUGUGUGUGUAACGCCGUGCAGCUCUGUUCAACUUAAAAGUGGCAUCGUUCAAAGUGAAAUCACUUUCCCUAGAAAAGUCUACUUUGUAAAAUAUCGAGAUAUACACAGUGCACCGGAAAGUAUUGUAAAAGUUAUUGUAAUAGCUAUCCUUUUUAUGGUCACACUUAAGAUUCAAAUGCUUGAACCAUCUUGUGUGGGAGAAUACUUCUCAGAGGCUUUCAUUUCAAUUGUCACACUCCAGGAUUUCAUCCACAGAUUCAAAGAUUAUUUAGAAGGUCCUUGUCAAUUGACAAAUUUCUUUUGCAGGAUUUUAUAGACUGCUGUAAUGUAAAAGUCAUAAUUUUCAUUGAAAUUGCCCCACUAGCAGAUUCAUCUGUAUAAUCAAACAACUUCAGCUUCACCUUACGUUUUCAAAGAACUAAAGUAUUUUUAAUUCUUCAAAUGGGUGAAAAGAUUUGUUUGAAUAGUUUCUGUUUCCAGACGUAACAUUUUGUGAUUUUCAGCCGGUUCAAAUGCAACACAAGUGUCAAAUUUCAAACUUGCUUGUUUCUCAUAGACAAAUAUCUCUCUCCUAGUGCAUAUAGAGUAUUUAUAUGUCGUUACCACUUAUCUAUUUGUAAAUAACCUCUUAAAUAUGUAGUCUCGCGCCACUUUCAUUUUACUGGAAUGAGAUGCUCUUUGCCACCUUUGAAAUAUUACUCGCGGACAAAGAAAUCUUACUUAAUUCUUUCCUCGGGGAUUAAAACGGGGAGGGGGGGUUCGGGGAGCUCUCUUGGAAGCCGAUGUUUCCCCAUUUUUACCAUAGAUACAUUCCCACUUAAACCCAGAUACCCCCUGAGGCAAACCUCCACCAAUCAAAAUUCCUCGCAUGUUCUUGAAUUAAGGUUCUUGAUCCUCUGGUUUUAGACUUCAUGUUCCUGAAGUUUUUUUGGUCAGAAUGUGUUAUCUAGAGUUUAAAAUGUUAGUUGUAUAAUAUCUUGAAUGCAAUUUUCCUCUCCAUAGCUUGUACUUUUAAAGUAAUGUCAUGUAUUAAAUUUUAAAGUGCGCGGUCAUCAACGAUAUAUGUCAAUUAAAGAAACCCAUUUUCAACCCUGCGAGUCAACUCUUUGGACAGACGAGAGAGAAUUACGUCUAAUUACAG